AUGUCAUAUACAAAAUUUGAUCCAAAAGAAGAUAUAACUACAAAAAUCAUACGAUGCCCCUUUUCUAAAUGUAAUACAAGAAUCAUCAAACCAAAAGUGGCAAAUUUACAUGAAUUUAAAAUUGGUUUAAAUUUUUUAAAAAUUGAUGAGAAUGAAAUACAAGAUAAUAAACAUGAUGGGAUUUUCUUGAGAAUUGAAGAUGCUUGGGAUUUUGAUAAUAUUGGUGUUUCAAAAGAUAUCAAAAACCAUGCAUUAGCUGAUUCUAUUGAAGAUGAUGAUGUGGAAAGAUUAAUCUUCGAAAGAUGUCAAGAAUUUGAAAUAUUAUCUACAUUUGAAUAG